UGCCCUGCCCUGCCCGCGCCCUCGGCGGCCGCCAUGGAGCUGGAGGUGCCCGAGGAGGCGGAGGGCUCGGCCGCGGCGGGGGCCGGCGCCGGCGCCAUCACCCCGGAGGGCAGCGCGGGGGGCCCGGACGCGGCAGGAGGUCUGGCACCAAAGAAAGCAGCCAUCACUGAGGGACCAUCGCUUCCAGGACAGCCUGGCCAAGGAAAGAAGAUAGGUCAUCGAGGCGUUGAUGCGUCUGGUGAAACCACUUACAAAAAGACCACUUCAUCCACUCUGAAGGGGGCCAUCCAGCUAGGGAUUGGAUAUACUGUCGGCAAUCUGAGCUCCAAGCCGGAGAGAGAUGUCCUGAUGCAGGACUUCUACGUGGUGGAGAGCAUUUUUUUCCCAAGUGAAGGAAGUAAUCUUACCCCGGCUCACCAUUACGCUGACUUCAGGUUCAAAACCUAUGCACCAGUGGCUUUUCGGUACUUCCGAGAACUCUUUGGGAUUCGUCCAGAUGAUUAUUUGUAUUCAUUAUGUAACGAGCCUCUGAUAGAGCUGUCAAACCCUGGUGCCAGUGGCUCUCUCUUCUAUGUCACCAGCGAUGAUGAAUUCAUCAUAAAAACUGUGAUGCACAAGGAAGCUGAAUUCCUCCAGAAGCUCCUUCCUGGCUACUACAUGAACCUGAACCAGAAUCCACGGACGCUGCUGCCAAAGUUUUAUGGACUGUACUGCGUGCAAUCAGGGGGCAAAAAUAUCCGCGUGGUUGUGAUGAACAACAUUCUGCCUCGUGUGGUGAAAAUGCACCUGAAAUUUGACCUGAAAGGCUCAACCUAUAAGCGCCGGGCAUCCAAGAAGGAAAAAGAAAAGUCCAGCCCCACAUACAAAGACCUAGACUUCAUACAAGACAUGCCUGAGGGCCUGAUGUUGGAUGCAGACACCUUCAGUGCGUUGGUGAAGACAUUGCAGCGAGACUGUCUGGUGUUGGAAAGUUUUAAAAUCAUGGACUACAGCCUCCUGCUCGGGGUUCAUAACAUAGACCAGCAAGAACGGGAGCGGCAGUCCGAGGGAGCCCACAGCACGUCGGAUGAGAAGCGCCCCGUGGGGCAGAAGGCACUUUACUCCACGGCCAUGGAGUCCAUCCAGGGGGGGGCUGCCCGGGGGGAGUCCAUAGACACAGACGACACGAUGGGAGGAAUCCCAGCAGUGAAUGGCAAAGGAGAGCGUCUCCUGCUCCACGUAGGAAUAAUAGAUAUUCUUCAGUCAUACAGGUUCAUCAAGAAGCUGGAACAUACCUGGAAGGCCCUUGUCCAUGAUGGGGACACAGUGUCAGUACACAGACCCAGCUUUUAUGCAGAGAGAUUCUUCAAAUUCAUGACCAACACGGUGUUUCGAAAAAAUUCCUCUCUGAAGUCAUCGCCCUCAAAGAAAGGGCGUAGUGCCUUGCUAGCUGUCAAGAUGCCUGGUCCAACAGCUGCGUUCUCAGCUAGCCAGCUCCCCUCUGAAAAGGACGAAACCCAGUACGAUCUCCGUGCAGCCAGGAGUUACCCCACCCUUGAUGAUGAAGCAGGCAGGCCAGACCUGCUCCCCUGCACACCUCCUUCCUUUGAAGAAGCUACCACGGCCUCCAUAGCCACAACACUCUCUUCAACAUCUCUCUCUGUUCCUGAGCGAUCCCCCUCGGAGACAUCUGAGCAGCCCAGGUACAGGAGGCGCACACACUCCUCAGGGCAGGAUGGCAGGUCACACGAGGAGGUGCGGGUUGAAGAGGAGCUUCAGCAGAUCAGCGUAGAGCUGGAGCCCAAGUGUGAUGUUGAGAUCGUAGCUCCUGAAGAAGACGACAAAGAAGAGGCGGCUUCUUCAGCCUGUGCCAUUGGAACAUCCACGGCUACAAUAGAGGUGGAGACAGCCAGCCAGGCCUCCGAACCAGCCAGCCAGGCCUCGGAUGAAGAUGAUGUGCCAGUCACAGACAUAUACUUUUAAUCUCUAUGCAGACACAGAAGCCCCAGAGAGCAGCGAUUCCCUCUGCAGGUCAAUGUGUUCCCUUUUCGUUGAUGCAGCCGUUCCAGUGGGAUGGGGAAGAGCUUGCCGACACCAGUAUUGCUGCACUGCAGGAUCCCGGGCACUGCAUUUCAGAACGGAGCAAAACUAUAACCGUCUAUUUCUACUUAUCCCAGAUGUGGGCAGCAAAGAAACCACCCACUCACCCACAGCUCCCAACGGAGACAUCCAGCUGGGUGUAGAGAAUCCUGGGUAGUAACACAGUGUUUUCCAGAUGUGCACUACCGUAGCUACCUAUCCAUGUGUAAUACUGUGAACCUUUUUAAUUUUUUAAUCAUGUAUUUAUUUCUUUUAUCUUUGCACAGAGACAGCACAAAUGUGCUUUUUUAAACAUUUAGUUUACUGCACUUUUUUUUUUUUUUUUUGGUUGUCAUAUAUUUGUGCAUCAGAAAGGAGUGUGAGACCUCACUGGAGAAUUGGUAGGAGCACGUUGCUGGGGAGGGCAGGGAGCGGAGUGGCUUCCCUUGAGGCAGCAGCGUGGUCUGACCAACCGAUGGAGUCGGGAGGUGUAAGGCUGUCCAGGCUCUGCCACGGUUUUGCCGAGUGACCUAAGGCAAGUCACUUAACCACUCUGUGCCUCGGUUCCCCUGUGCUGAUGGGUGUGCAGUUCCCACUUCCGUUAAAGCACUUAAAGCCUGGGAUGAAAGGUGCUAUGUAAAUGCCAUGUAUUAAAGGCCAUUGAGUAGAAUUGCUCCCAUGUUACAGUAGUCCAAAGUAGCCAUGCCAAUUCACUUGGAUUCAAAAAUCGCUAGUGACUUCUCUAGAUCCGUAACGCUGUGUGGGGGAAGCAAGCGAUUCCUGGCAACGCUGAUGUGGUCACCUCGGCUCUCUGGACGUCGCAAUGGCUUCAGCCUUCACCGUGUGCCACGCUACUGUCACCCCGUCCCUCUGUGCUUGGAAGCCCACGCUUCGUCCUACCGGCCGCUGCACCGCCGUCCGCGCCAGCCGCUGCCCGCCGGCAGGCAUGGACAGAUGAGGACUGGGCGCCUCCAGGGACCGGUCCCCGCUCUGCCAGCCCCAGCGUGGCUCGCCCGGACACCGCAUCCCACUGGAGCCACUUAGCACCUCGCAUGCUCACGGGUGUAUCCGACCGCCAGUGACUCGGGGGUCGCGGACAUUGGGUUCACACGUAUCCUCCGUACCUCAGGGCAGUCAGGGAGCUGCGUGCACGUCCACGCCUACUGGAGGCAGAAACCAGGCACCUGGCUCCAGCACCCGGUUGCGCCGGGCGGUAUUGUGUGCAUAGACUCUGUUGGACAAAAAGCUGGGUGACUCGGAUGUUGCCUGUGGCAACGUCUGCUAUUGGAAAUCGCUGCUUCGGAUGUCUGAGACACGGAUAGUUUGCUCUUGGAGGGCUGCACGCUGUAGCCAAGACAAGAUUUGGUGUCGCUUGGCAGUGCUCGGUUUAGGCUCAUCCUUCUGUCAGCAGGACACCGUAGCAUCUUGAACUCCAGCAAUCCCAUCCUCUCCCAGAGAGAAGAAAUGAAACCCUUUAGACAAGGAGGCGACAGGUCUUGUUUGUGUGCUUUACAUGCCAAGAGAGGGGCUCAAAAUCUCUUUAUUCUCAUCACGAUCUUCAGCUGUCCUUGGGAUUCCUUGUAGAGGAGUGUAGAAGAGGAACCCUCCUUCUGGGGCUCUGUCCCUUUCCAUCUGUCUUCGCAGCAGCACUCAGGACUGGUUGAUUCAGGUCCCAGAAGGUAACCAGGCUGGUGGGAAGCUCUUCCCCUCUGCGACGUGAUGAAGUUGGCGAGGAUCUUCGUGAAUUGACAUUGUUUCUUGCCUAGAAGUAUGGGACCCAAACUUCACCCCAUGCCUGCAGAUGCUGAAGGCUGUACAGUGUGCUGCUCUCGGAGUGCAGGCUGGGGGUCUUGCAAGCUGCUGCCAUUAGAUGUAUUCAUGUAUUUACCAAAUAAUCUAUCAAAAGU